CGGCGAGGCGGGGCGCCGCGGCGAGCAGCGGUCGAGCGAGCGCGGGGCGCACCGAGGCGAGGAGGCGGGGAAGCCCGCCGCCGCCGCCGCCGCCGCGCCCGCCCCUUCCCCCUGCCGCCCGCCCCCUCUCCCCCCGCCCGCCCGCCGCCUUCCUCCCUCUGCCUUCCUUCCCCACGGCCGGCCGCCUCCUCGCCCGCCCGCCCGGAGCCGAGGCCGCCGCGGCCGUGGUGGCGGAGCCCUCAGCCAUGGCCUCGGGCGACACCCUCUACAUCGCCACGGACGGCUCUGAGAUGCCGGCCGAGAUCGUGGAGCUGCACGAGAUCGAGGUGGAGACCAUCCCGGUGGAGACCAUCGAGACCACGGUGGUGGGCGAGGAGGAGGAGGACGACGACGACGACGAGGACGGCGGCGGCGGCGACCACGGGGGCGGGGGCGGCCACGGGCACGCGGGCCAUCACCACCACCACCACCACCACCACCACCCGCCCAUGAUCGCUCUGCAGCCGCUCGUCACCGACGACCCGAGCCAGGUGCACCACCACCAGGAGGUGAUCCUGGUGCAGACGCGCGAGGAGGUGGUGGGCGGCGACGACUCGGACGGGCUGCGCGCCGAGGACGGCUUCGAGGACCAGAUCCUCAUCCCGGUGCCCGCGCCGGCCGGCGGCGACGACGACUACAUCGAGCAGACGCUGGUCACCGUGGCGGCGGCCGGCAAGAGUGGCGGCGGCGGCUCGUCGUCGUCGGGCGGCGGCCGCGUCAAGAAGGGCGGCGGCAAGAAGAGCGGCAAGAAGGGCUACCUCGGCGGUGGGGCCGGGGCGGCGGGCGGCGCGGACGCGGGCAACAAGAAGUGGGAGCAGAAGCAGGUGCAGAUCAAGACCCUGGAGGGCGAGUUCUCGGUCACCAUGUGGUCCUCAGAUGAAAAAAAAGAUAUUGACCAUGAGACGGUGGUUGAAGAACAGAUCAUUGGCGAGAACUCCCCUCCUGAUUAUUCAGAGUAUAUGACAGGAAAGAAACUUCCUCCUGGAGGGAUACCUGGCAUUGACCUCUCAGAUCCCAAACAACUGGCGGAAUUUGCUAGAAUGAAGCCAAGAAAAAUUAAAGAAGAUGAUGCUCCAAGAACAAUAGCUUGCCCUCAUAAAGGCUGCACAAAGAUGUUCAGGGAUAACUCUGCCAUGAGAAAGCAUCUGCACACCCACGGCCCCCGAGUCCACGUCUGUGCAGAAUGCGGCAAAGCUUUUGUCGAGAGCUCAAAGCUAAAACGACACCAACUGGUUCAUACUGGAGAGAAGCCCUUUCAGUGCACGUUCGAAGGCUGUGGGAAACGCUUUUCACUGGACUUCAAUUUGCGCACACACGUGCGAAUCCAUACUGGAGACAGGCCCUAUGUGUGCCCCUUCGAUGGUUGUAAUAAGAAGUUUGCUCAGUCGACUAACCUGAAAUCUCACAUCUUAACACAUGCUAAGGCCAAAAACAACCAGUGAGAAGACGAGAGAGAAGAGCCUUCUCGACCCCGGGGAGCGUCUUCCAGGAGUGUGAUUGGGAAUAAAUAUGCCUCUCCUUUGUAUAUUGUUUCUAGGAAAGAAUUUUAAAAAUGAAUCCUACACACCUAAGGGACAUGUUUUGAUAAAGUAGUAAAAAUUAAAAAAAAACUUUAAUAAGAUGACAUUGCUAAGAUAUGCUCUAUCUUGCUCUGUAAUCUCGUUUCAAAAACACGGUGUUUUUGUAAAGUGUGGUCCCAACUGGAGGACAAUUCAUGAACUUCGCAUCAAAAGACAAUUCUUUAUACAACAGUGCUAAAAAUGGGACUUCUUUUCACAUUCUUAUAAAUAUGAAGCUCACCUGUUGCUUACAAUUUUUUUAAUUUUGUAUUUUCCAAGUGUGCAUAUUGUACACUUUUUGGGGAUAUGCUUAGUAAUGCUAUGUGUGAUUUUUCUGGAGGUUGAUAACUUUGCUUGCAGUAGAUUUUCUUUAAAAGAAUGGGCAGUUACAUGCAUACUUCAAAAGUAUUUUCCUGUAAAAAAAAGUUACAUAGGUUUUGUUUGCUAUCUUAAUUUUGGUUGUAUUCUUUGAUGUUAACACAUUUUGUAUAAUUGUACCGUAUAGCUGUAUUGAAUCAUGUAGUAUCAAAUAUUAGGUGUGAUUUAAUAGUGUUAAUCAAUUUAAACCCAUUUUAGUCACUUUUUUUUUCCGAAAAAUACUGCCAGAAGCUGGUGUUCAGUGUAAUUUCUUUGCCUGUUCAGUUACAGAAAGUGGUGCUCGGUUGUCGAAUGUAUUGUACCUUUUAACACCUGAUGUGUACAUCCCGUGUAACAGAAAGGGCAACAAUAAAAUAGCAGCCCGACAGAAAGAAGAUGGCAGAAAAAGAUCUGUAAGCACAGUCUUAUUUCCUUUUGUUGUCCAGAAUAAUUAUAAUUCUUGAGCCUCCCAGAAAUUGGAAGCUAAAUAAAGCAACUCAAGUUUCCUUGAUUUUGCACUCAGUUACAGUGACUUGUGGUUAAAGCGAUGCGUGGGUACUUUAAUACUUCCUGCGUGUACUGAGUUCUGAAAGGGAGCAGGUAGCAGGCACCCUGAGUUAAGGAACUACCUCAGAGCACCCCAACUGGGCCCCUUGGAGAUUGGAUUUGGAUUUUAGCUCCCCCAGCAGAUGUAUCAUUGAAGCACUUGUGCCCUGGCCUGUGUGUGUCCUCAAGGUAAGGUGUCAUCUAGUGGGCGGGGGUGGGGGUGAGCAGAGGGCAGGCCAGGCGGUUCCUUUGCUCAGGCUUGGCUGCUCCCCGCCUCCCCCUCCCCCAACCCCCCUCGCUUGUCUAACGGGAAACACUUACAGUUAUCGGAUGGUUUGAGAGCCCUGCUUCUUCCAUCUCGGGAGUCUUGAAUGCUAGCUCGUUGUAGCAGUUGAGCGCCAGGAGCUUAAUUUCGUGCUUCUAAACGGAUGCUGAGUGCAGAUUGGCAAGGCGAUUAGAUUAUUGAGAAAGCUGUACUCAAUGAGUACUUUACCUCUCACGUUGUGACCUCUUAAAUGUACAAUUAUAAUUUUUGAAUUUUACUUCGAGUCAAAUAUCAGGCUCAUGAGAAUAUUUUAUAAACUGCCACGAUACAGCAAACUCAUUGACUCAAAAUGCAAACGUACCGUGUGACUUUGUGCUGUGUGCUGACUGCAAGGUAAUUGACAAAUGCGCUAAUAUCAGCUGUGUUGACAGAUGUCCAGGACACCAUCAGGUCAAAAUGUAGCCCAAUCUCUUACAGCUUCCCCAUCGGUCCUGCGCAGGAGGAUCGGUGGUCCAGUAACAGUGACCGUGUGGCUCUUGGGAAUUUUGAAGUGCCUUCUGAAUCAUAAAUGAAAAAUUUAACUUGAGACACUGUUUUUUGUUUGUUCAGAAUCUGUUUUCCAUUGAGUAGUUUGAUGGAACUGAGUUAAUCAGAAGAGCCCACCUGUGCCCUGGAUCAGUAAGCCAGGCUUUGCUGUAUCUGGCAGUCAGGAGAGGUAAGCCAUGGUGGCGGUCCCCUUUGAAGCUGAGAGCCCCAGUGCGAGCGUGUGUUUCUCUGACCAGACGUGGGGCAGAGGCCCCCGCAGGUGCCCGUGGUGUCAGCGCCCACACCCUUACUCCCGCCAUCAGACGCGCAGUCCUGGGGUGGCCGUAUUAGCCAUCUUUGCCCAGCAUUGUGCCACACUGGAGCUUCGUCCUGGCGCUGUCCCGGGGACUCCUGCCCGAGGGCCCACGCAGGGCAGACUUGUGCCGUGGGGAAGUGCGUGCUGGCAGCCCCGAGAACACGCCACGACCUGCAGGAGCCAGGCCCCUGUGUGGAGGGAGGUCCUCCUUCCUCUGUGCCUUGACCCCUUGGGGAUGCCUGUGGUCGUCCCUUCCGUCCCUUUCUGUCUCCGAGCGGAACAGUCGUCACUCCCUUGACUCUUUCUCUGUUCGCGUGUCUUCUCUCCGUCUGCAGUUCAUUUCUGAAAGGACUUUAAUUGGGGGUUUGAAGAAAAUUGGAUGUCCCAGUUCCUUGUUGACGUAGCACUCAAUUUCCAGUAGUGUAGAAAACUAAUAAAUGAGCGACAGUUUCCAGAGUAGACGUAGUUCUCACUGAGCAUAAACGCAUUUCGCUUGUGGUUAGAAUUCAUCAUUUUGCUGAAGGUGUAAAUGACAAAAGUUUGACACGGUGUUCUAACAGUGAGUCAACUGUCUUGAGGAUUAAUCUGAUUUAUAAAUAAUACUGAUAGACAUAUUUUCUUACAUCUGAGCUGAAAUAAAUGCAUGUUUCUAGCAUAUAUAAUAUAAAAACCCAGAGGAUAAGUUUACAUUUAACAAGAUGUUGUUUUCUAUUUUUGGAUUUCUUAUUAUUUUCCCCCUUUUUGGUAGUGGGGUUUAGGGGGAAGCAUAAUAUUUGUAUAAAGAACUGUCACCCCAGAGUGACAUUUAUUUUCCAAGGUGACAUUGAACUCACACUGUUGGUUUCAUAUGGUGUUUGUGUGCUAUGCCUAGAUUCAAGGCCUGAGGAUUUGAGGAAAAUCAAGAUUUUUUUUUCUAUCUGGUUUCCUUGUACAAGUUCUUUUAAAUGUCACUUAUUUUGCUAAAUUUGAGUAAAGUGAGACCCUUUGGCAGAAUUGUAUGUCCAGUGCCUGCCCACGUUCCCAAGCAGAGUUCUCAUUGGUUUCUUCACAAACAGGUGCGUCACUUCCAUCCAGCAAGCAGCUCAGCUCAGACACCCAGAUCGUGAGUGGUCCACGGAGGGCCUUGGUGCCGCCCCCAGUCUGCUUAACAAAAGCUACCUGUGUAACGUAGCUCAGAAUUCAUGUCUGGCACCGGAAAGCCUGGCCCUCUAAAACUUGUUGAGUUGGAAGCCUGGAAAUCCCACCCUCACUACAGGUAGAGAAAAUGGAUCUCUUCUUGUGCUGGCUCCUCUGUGAUUGGGGAUCAGCAUGGCUGAGGAAGGCCAUGUUAUUCCUGAAUUCCUUAAGUUCCUUCUACUUGACAUCUGAGCACCAGCCAGAGCAAAGAUCCCAGAGGUCAAAAUAGUGGUGAGAGCCGCAGCUGCCCUCAGGCGCCCGUUUGAUGCCAUGAGCAUCCCAGGAGGCCCGCCGAAGCCAGCUCCUUGCUUGUCACUGGAUGUCCCGGACCCCUGACCUCAAGGGCACGUGUCUGACCUCGUAGCCCUCUGUCCUGGCUCCCGCUGGCCUUAAUGCAAGUACAGCCCCCUGUAAGAGCUCAGGCCCAGCAGGUCCUGGCAGGUGCAUUCAUUCCACCCAAACUUGAACCCAAAGGCGGAGGAAGCCAACAUUCCAAGUUCUGCUUCCGUGCAGCUCCAGCCAUGCUCUCCCAUAGCGUGCUCUUGACGUUACAGGAGGCACUUCCUGCUGGCAGAACCCCUCUUCUGUGCAGAAGCAUUUGGCUGGCUGGGCUUCUCCUGCACCCUCUUACUGACCGUGGUUGGCUUUGAUUUUUACUACCCAGCUGUGCUCAGGUGCCCUGGUCACCUGAAGACGGAGCGGGUACUGGCCCUUGACAGCAGCAGGCAGGAGAGGGCGGCUCCUCCACAUGCGGGUGAGAGGCUCCCAGCCUCCUUGCCAAGCCUGAGUGGUCAGCAGAGUGCCGGAGACGAUGUUUAAGCCGGGCCUGUGUCGAGGCUUGAUAGGAGGGGUAGAUGGCACUGCUGACACACGUCAUCCACUUCCCUUGUAGAAACAGGAAGGGAACGUUGAAAUUGAACACUGGCCUUAGGUCAGCAGGCAAAUCAAACUUCCCACAAGCUGGUCACCCCAGCCGGCCCCCACAUUUCCGGCCGGCGUUGUGUGGGAGUCUGCAGAGAGGGUGAGCGUGGUAUCACAUUCACCUUAAAGCACAAGGAUGGAUUUUCCACAAAGUGGCAAGUUUGAUCAAAUUGACUGCUUUCCAUGAAAGACACCCAGAUGCCAUGAGAAACAGCACUGGGGUGUUGGAGGGAGGGGGCCAGUUGCCACGCUCUAUCUGGGGGCCGCACAAUGUCUGCAUAUACGUGGAGGGGGAAAGGGCAUCCGUACCAAACCUUUUCUACAACAUCCAUAACUGUUACGAGGCUCUGUUAUCUACAGAUGAUUGGGCAAACCAUUUUCACAGAACAAUUCUGUUUUUAUUCGCUUUCUGGUGACUUCUGUAGGCCCUGACUCAAGGACUUAGCGUUGCGUCUCAUGUACAUCUUUUUCUUAAACGUUUGCCAUUUCUGGAAUUGUCCUUGAUUUUUCCUUAGCUCAUAGGUCAUAGAUGCAGAAAUAUUAUAGUAUUUAAGGCAUCCGCAUCAAGCAAGACGGCUUUGCAUCCAGAAAAACAUUUAACAAUAACUCAGUUUGAAGCGCCAAGCAUGUGUAACAUGGCUCUAUAAAAGAUAAUAAACGCAUAAUGUUGUUAAGCUUU